AUGACAUGCAAAUUGCCCGCUGCGGUAUAUCUUGAAAGACCAGUUCGGCUGCGCCUCGUCACGAGAAGUCUUAGUCGUCACUUUAUCCCAUCAAUAGACCACACGGUUUGUAGCACGCGAGACAAGGUGGCCCAACUUGAUGUCAUAAUCAACAGUAGCGUCUAUGUGGGUCAGCAGCUACGGCUGAAACAAAUAUUGAACGGAAGCCAGAGUGGCAGCAGCGCAUUAGCAAGCGUUGGCUGCAUCUUUAGUCUUAAGGUAAGAUCGGGUCGUGUGUGCAGCUAG